UAAACGACACUGGGACUGUAGGAGCUUCGUCUGUACCACCGCCGCUCCUGCCAGACUCGACGUGAAUAGAUCGCGCAACCUUUCAAUGGAGCAAGACACUGCGCGCCAAAGUACAAUACAAUCAAGAAACGAUUGUAAAAAUAAAGAGGGGAAUAAAGCUUCACGCUUUUUACGCGCUGGAUGUUGGAGUUGAAUGGAAGACCCAGAGGAAGAAGAUCACCCCCGAGCGGAUUUAUAUUCAACUUCUACCAUGCCUUGAACUUGGUUACUUUUACGCGAUUUAUGUUGGACAAAAGUCGCCAAGGUUGACUUAAUACUGAUGGACUUGAUGAGUGCACUGCCAACUUCUUGAUCCAGGGAAACAUUUGGCGAAUGAUGUAAAGGAAGCAAGUGAUUUACAAUAGGACAACGGAUUGGCAAGAUGUGCCGUUAAAACGCUCCUGAUAAAACGCCUUCAUUCACUCAUCGGAUCUUAAGGGGAAUAGCACAAGGGACAUUGCUCUCAGAUUCAAACCAUGUUGUAAGCUGUCAAAUAAUUUACCUCAAAUAAUGAUUUCAACAGUACAAAUCUCCGCGCAGAAUCCUCGUUGCUUUCCAAAAAUGCCCUGCAUAAAGCAUCAACCAAGUUUAAUUAAAAUCCCACUUUAAUUGGUCUACAUGCAUGCACAAUGAUUUUUUUUCCUUCAUUGUGCGUUACUGCAUUAAACCAUGACUAUGACAUUAUGUCUUUUUUGUUUGUAGCAACGAUUCAAGAUGCAACAAUGUUUAGCAUUGUGAAAUAAGUGUGCACCUAUUCCAUUUUUGUGAGGGAUAUUUUUUUUAUCCUAAAGGAAACAUGUUGCAUAUCCUCCUGCUUCAAUUGGUCGUGUUACUUUCAGGAGUGUCCGACUGCCGGGUCCUGGAGGGACUGCAGAGGUACUCAAGCCUCCCCACCUACCUGCCCGUCAACUACCAGGUGCUGGGGGCCGGCUCGGCCUUCUUCCUUAAGGAGGCCAACCAGGAGUUCAUGAGGAACUCCAGCCUGCUGUCUCGGACGGAGCCUUUCUUCAUCUACCAGGCCCGCAGCCUGCCCUCCAUCAACGCCAGCUACGGGCCCCUCUCCGUGGAGCAGUCUGUGCCACUGGACCUCCUGCAAAGCCCCGGGACCUUCCCCACCUCCCCCCUGUUCACCUUCAACUGGAAGGUGCAGACGUUCAUCCUGAACACCAGGGUCCACCUGGCCAAGCCCCGGGUGCAGGUGCUGUUCUACAUCGCCGGCCGCGACUGGGACGACUACAGCACCAUCGACAAGCUGCCCUGCGUGCACAUGUUCGCCUUCCACGAGACCCAGGAGGUUCGCGGCAGCUGCCAGCUGAGGGGCGAGCUGGGGCUGUGCACGGCCGAGCUGGAGCCCCUGGCCGGCUGGUUCAGUCCGCCCAGCAUUGUGCCCGGGCGUCAGCGGAGUGCCACCGAGGCGUCGGACGGCACGGCGGUGGAGCUCUACUACGUGCUGCAGUCCACGGAGAAGGCAGAGUGCCACUCGGAGGAGUCGCGCAAGGACGGCUUCAUCCGCUCCAGCCAGGAGGGGCUGUUCAGCUCGUACACCUCCACCCCGCUGCGGAGGAUCGGCAGUGUGAGGCUGUACCAGAACCCCAGCCCCCCACCCCUGGUGGAGCACAGGCUGGACGGGAACUUUGUGGUGCUGGUGCCGGCCGCCCCCAUGAAGCCCCGGGACUCGGUGUCGGCCUUUGUGUGCGUCUCUGCCUACUCCUCCGUGCAAAUGUUCACUCUCAGGGUGAAGUUGAAGGAGGGCGUAACGUUCCUGGGGGCCCGGCCCAGCAACCCGGCCCAGUGGAUGGUGAGCCAGGACGUGCGGAGCGAGGGCCACCGGGUGGUCACGCUGCGCUGCCGCCGGAAGCAGGAGUCCGUCUACGACCAGAGGUCGGAGGCGGGGGGGCAGAGGGUGCUCCAGGUGGACCUGAAGAUGGAGAGCUUCCCGGAGACGUUGGGCAGCCGCUGGAUGGCCUGGCAGGUGGAGUACCCGGGCAGUCGCUCCACCACGCAGGAGGCUGAGACGGAGGUACGGCUGGCGCUGGAGGACCUGGCCGCCAUCGUUCCACUGGCCAUGGACUCAGAGAUCCUGAACACGGCGGUCCUGACUGGGAAGACGGUGGCGGUGCCGGUGAAGGUGGUGACGGUCGGGACGGACGGCUCCGUCACCGACGUGUCCGAGGACGUCCGCUGUCGCUCCACCGAUGAGGACGUGGUCAAGGUGUCGGACAGAUGCGACUACGUGUUUGUGAACGGUAAAGAGAUGCGCGGGAAAGUGGGGAUGCUGGUGAACUUCAGCUACAGCUUCCUGAGCGCUCAGCUGGAGCUCAACGUGUGGAUCCCACGGCUGCCGCUGCAGAUGGAGGUGUCCGACACGGAGCUGAGCCAGAUCAAGAGCUGGAGGGUUCCCAUCGUGGGCAGCAGCCAGAGGUCUGCACGGGACAGCGAGGAUGAGGACGAUGAAGACCGGCGAGGGCGGAGCUGCACGCUGCAGUACCAGCACGCCAUGGUGCGGGUGCUCACCCAGUUUGUGGCGGAGGGGCCCGACGCGCGGGGCCCAACCAGCUUCAUGCUGGGCAGCGACUGGCAGGUGGACAUCACCGAGCUGAUCCGGGACUUCCUGAAGGUCGAGCGCCCCCACGUGGCUCGCCUGCUGGACGGCAGGGUUCUCAUGGGACUGGACGUCGGGAUGACCGCCAUCCAGGUGCUGUCUCCCCUGUCAGACUCCAUCCUGGCAGAGAAGACCAUCACGGUGGUGGACGACAAAGUGACCAUCACGGAGCUGGGGGUCCAGAUGGUGACGGCUCUGUCCAUGGCCCUGCAGCUCAGUCAAGGGAGCAACAGAGCCAUCCUGGCCACCACCACCAGCCCGGAGCUUCUGCAGAGCCCAAAGCAGGAGGCGGUGAUCAGCGCCUGGCUGCAGUUCAGCGAUGGCUCCAUCGCUCCCCUGGACCUGUACAACCAGGACUUCUUCGUGCUGACCGCCACCUCCCUGGACGAGGAGGUGGUGAGCGUGCGGCAGGAUCCCUCCUGGAAGUGGCCCAUCAUCGUGGCGGAGGCGGAGGGCCAGGGUCUGCUGGUCCGCGUGGAGAUGACCGUGUGCGAGCUCUGCCAGAAGUACAAGCGCCGCAGCAUCCUGGCUGCGGGGAACUGCAACAUCCGCGUGCGCUUCGGGCUGGGUGAUCCCCGGGGCGGGGCCAGCGACUACAGCCCCGACGGGGACGAGGUGCUGGAGACCAGGGCCCGGCUGUCCCCGUCCCAGGACAGGACGAGUCUGGAGACCCACUACUACGGCAGCUCCGUCUCCGACAUCGAGGACGGGAUCCUCAAGCGGGCCACCACCACCAAGAGCGUGAUCCUGCGCCGCCCCGCCGGCGGGAAGCUGUCCAACGACGGCGGCCAGAACGGGCCCGUCGACUUCUCCGACUUCCCCGUCCAGGUGGACCUGCCGCGGGGCCGCAAUCUGGACGACGAGCCGACGCACAGAAACCGAGGCCUCACCGACCUGGAGAUCGGCAUGUACGCCCUGCUGGGGGUGUUCUGCCUGGCCAUCCUGGUGUUCCUCAUCAACUGCAUCUCGUACACCCUCAAGUACCGCCACAAGGAGCUCUCCAUCGAGGGCCAGGAGAACAUGAACCACGCCCACGACUGGGUGUGGCUGGGCAACGAGGCGGAGCUGCUGGAGAGCCAGGUCAGCCUGUCGCCGCAGCGGGACGAGCACACCUCCAUGAUUGACUGCAGCAGUGGGCUUGAGGAGGGCAGCCACCUGCUCAACGGCGGCUCAGCGCAGAAAAACGUGCAGGGCCAGGUGCAUCGGGCGGCGGAGCACGGCUGCCCGGCCAAGGACAGCAAAGGGGACUCGCCCACCACCAAGCGGAAGAGGGUGAAGUUCACCACGUUCACCACCACCAUCCCUCCGGACGGCAGCUACCCCAUCGUCAGCACGCUCAGCGCGGGCCACGGCCAGGACAUUAAGUGGGUGUGUCAGGACAUGGAGCUGGGGGACUCUAAGGAGCUCCGCAAUUACAUGGAGCGGUUGAACGACAGCGCUUUGAAGGAGGUGGCAUAGUGCGAGUGGUGCCCUUCUAACAAACUCAACCGAUGCCUUUCAUAGGAAAAAUGGGUGCGGGUAGAAACUCGCCGUGUUGAGUAGAAGAUUUCAUUGUACUCAAUAGGAUAAAAAUAGCAUAAAAAAGUUACAGACACGGAUGACAAAUCACAAACUCAAAAUAUGUGUCCGUGAGUGACGGUAAAAUGGAUGCUCUGUUUUUUGUUUGUUAUUUUCCUCACUGUUUGUUAUUCCUCUGAUUCCCUUUUAUCAUUCUUCCCUUUUCAUGGUUUUAAAUAGAAUCACAGGAUGUCCGCAGGAUGAAUCUGCAUUGAGUUUUGAAGUACUUUGAUACAGAUGACUAGAGACUGAAGAUAUAGAUAUCUAGAUAGAUGGAUAAAUGUAUUAGGGUGUGUGUGUACACAUUAAAUGGUUUUGGAAAGUCGUGCAACAUUUUGAUUAUUGAUUUUCUAUGUCCCACCCUCAAUCAUUGGUGUCAAGAAAGACAUGAGCCAGUCAUCGAAGUCCUGCAUGUGUUGGACAAAAAAAAGGCACAACUCCUCUGUCCAUAGUCAUCCUCCCAAACACGAAAGAAAACAUGUCCUACGAAAGAAAUGUUAUGUAUAUACUGACCAACCUACAAAGCAUUGUACUAUUGCACUGUAUAUUGUAUUUUCAUAUCAUUUAAAAAAAAAGAUAUUCCACUCUGUUAAUAGUGUGUAAACCUUUUUUGUAUCUUCAUCUAUUUUUUGUCUUUUUAGUCUCAAAGACCAGUGUGAGACCACAGGUACCUCUGACUGUAGGAGAGGGUCCAGAAAAUAGCUCAGAGGAAUCCAGUGUUCCUCUUCCCUUUAACAGCAGGAAUAAUCAUUCCUCAUUCAUUGUCUCACCAUCUCUCUGUUCCCGCUUUAGCAGUGACUUAUUCAAAUUAACUGCCAUUAGAAAAUGAAACUUUAUAACCGGUUUGGGCUAUUCAACGUUAUUGACAUUUAUCCACUGACAGCGGCACAAUAAUAUAACAUUCACAUUUUUAUGAGGGGAAUUAAAGUUCAUAUUAAUAGCUCGUCAACAUGUGAACAUUACAGUUCAUAUCAGCAGCUCGUAUUCUGAAGUACCAUAGUGUAAAAAAAAAUGCAUAGGACUUACCUCUGUCUAGAGUCUGUUGUUCACUGAUAAAAUACUAGAAGGUUGUAACUUUUACUUUACACCUCUGUCUUCUGCAAUAUUUUGGUUGUUGGGAAGUUGGAAAUCAAAUCCAGCAAGGGAGGUUUCUGUUGGGAAACAGCUCUUCUGCGGUAAUCCAGCGAAUGUUGUCGCCUUUAAAGCAACUCCAAGAGGCUUUCCUCUAUUUACCUGUCCAUCUUCAGGGAAAUGCACUUCCUUCAGGCAACACUUGCACUUUCCCAAGAAAAAAAACCUUUGGGGGAUUUAAUAAAACUUUUCUGAACAAAAGUCAGUCAUCUGAAAAAUUGCAUUUUGCUCAAAAAUGUUUGGUAUAAUCAAAGUAGAAACCCCUGAUUGGAUUACUUUUUUUCCUUCUUUUUUUGUUCGUUAAAAUUGUUAUCCAUCACAGAGAAAAAUCUGGAUUUGGAUUUUACAGGCUGCAUGCAAUUACAGUGUGCAGAGCCAAAGGUCCUUCAGUGUAUUCACAAUAGAGUUCCAGCCGCACGCGUCAACCUACUACCUGUGUAAUUACUGGUGGUCCAAAUUAAAACUAGUUGUGAUGAAGCUCUAUGACAAACGGCUUCAUCCUCCUUCCAUGAGGCUUAUCAGCGACGCCUAAGCCUCUUCGCUUCAUUAGCACUAUGCCACCAUGGGACUUACCUGAACGUCUGAUACAUGGAGCAGGUUAAGCCAUCCAGCGUCUUCAUGAAACCCAAAACAAGAGUCCCAAUGACUGUCAGAAUUGUCAAUCACAGAAAUUAAAGCGUAGAUUCGGCGCAAUAGGGGUGAAUCAGGUUAAUACUUAAAUUUACAUCAAUGGGUUUAUUCAGUCCGCUGGUAGGUCCUUUAUAUUCUUUCUACAUUGCAAUUUUUUUCCACAAUUCUUGUAACCAUGUUUCUUUCACUACAGGUCGGUUCUAGGGCCUGUGAUUUGUUGUGCUCCGAUGUCAAUCAAGAUGUCUCCCUGAACCAAGUAGUUGGUUCUGAAACUGUUAAUCAGCUGUGUCCCAGACUCUCUGCUUCGAAAGGCUGGCUCUGUGAGACUAAACCAACUGAUUGCCUGGCCUUGCUUUCCCCAGAGGGGAAUGGCACUCACUAGUGCUGUUUUGUCAUUGGACAAUUCUCCUAGACUUGGUAGCCCCACCCAGCCUGUGAUCCAAUCACUCUGCCGGUGAAUGGAGUUCGCCCUGCAGAAGUGUCUGGAGAAAAGCAAUACAUUUCUUUCUAGUUUCGAUACGUUUUGCGGGAGCCAAUCACCAAGCUGGCUUUUCCGCCUGGUGCACUAUUGGUUGGUUUAACACAAUGAAGACAGGGAAGCGAUGGCAAGCAGCCAAUUGCGUACAGAGUCAUUUGAACUAGGCCCGUUGAUCACGCCUCUUGUGCCGAAGAAAAUGACAGCAGCUUUCCCAGACUAACAUGCAAUCUACGAUUGAGCUUGGUCUGGCAAUAGCCAGGCUACAGUUCUCCACCAUGGUUGCCACAACAACACUUUGUUCGAUGGAUUUCAUAGCAUCAGCGGUAUCUAACGAGCCUGAGUCUUGAGUGAAGGAGUAUUGAAAAGAUAGAUUCAUCGUGGUUCCAUGGCCCCGGCAGCGACUGAUCCUGUUUGUGAAGAGCAUUAAGUAGUAUUGUAUUAGUGAA